AAUCAUUGACACUUUACUUGUCCAGACAAACGGAGAGUCCCCACCGCUCCAGCGGCAACCUCCAUGUUUCAUCAGUUUUAUUUACAUUUUUUUUGUGUGUGAAGUGUCCUUGCCUGAGAGGGGACGCAAACAAGUCGGUGGGAGUCGAAGCUUAGAAAGAUUUUCUCUGACAACGAGCGCGACAUGCAGAAAUGUGGACUAAGGUCGUUUUCAUUUUCCUUUUGGGUCUGCGCUUCUCAGUUUCCCACUCUCUUCCCAGCCCCACCGAUGUCAGCUUCUCCUCUGUGAAUCUAAGGAAUGUCUUGCACUGGUUUCCAGGAAAUGGCGCGGCAGAUGACACGCACUUUACAGUUGAAUAUGCUAUCUAUGGGGACAGUGUUCCAGGCAGCAGAGGAAAACGUGUGCACUGGAGGGCAGUGCGGAAGUGCACAGAUAUCAUGCGGACGUGGUGUGAUCUGAGCGCUGAGACGUGGGAUGAGGAGCAAGGGUAUCACGCGAGGGUUCGAGCCAUGGUCAAGAGAUCAUCCUCCAAAUGGGCCAUGACGCAAAGGAGAUUUGAUCCGAAGUCUGACACUACUUUUGGCCCCCCAGUGGUGUCUGUGGAACUAGAGGACAACAGUGCCAUCAUCAGCAUGAAGGGACCUAUGAGGUAUCCACCGAACAACCUCACCCCAAUUUCCAUGAAGGCAAUCUACCCGCACAUGACUUACAACCUCUCCAUUCACUCUACCCACCGCAACCAGACGCAUCAUUUUCCAGUGAUCAACAGCUCUUACAAAUAUCGUCUGCUGGAGUACAACACAGAAUACUGCUUCUCUGCCCGGUCAAGAUUCCUCUCCAUGCCGGUGACUUGCCAGUCCUCUGAAUGGCAGUGCUUAACCACACCUCAAGACCCCGUGAUUGAGCAGCUGCAGAUGGCUGUUGUGGGAAUUGUUGUUCCAGCGUUGUUCAUUUGUAUAUUUGUGGUGGCUGGCUACCUUCUCCGCGUCUACCUGGCCGGGAAAGGACAGAAGAGUCCAUACAUGCUGAACCAACACUCCUUUCACCGAUCUCCUCUUGCUUUUCCUCCCCACCAUGCCAACCUUAUCAUUAGCAGCGUAAUUAAAGGUGACCCCCCAUUAUCAGACCCGCCACACCCCGAACUCCUGCUACGUAUUCUAGAUCCUCCACCCAGUUAUUCCCCGCAGGGGCCCGAGGCACCCUUAGGGCCUGUGGAACCCUCAGAAGUGUCCAUUGACUACGGAGGUGUCUGUAUAGCGGCGAAAGUCAACGCUGGAGGAGAAGGGAUAGCAAGAGAGAGGGGACAUGACGAGGGAGAUGCUGGAAAUAAUCUGAAGGCUGUUCAGGAUGCUCACUCUGCUGGGAAUUAUCUUUCCCAGAAAUGCAGACCAUCACACAUGCAGAGCACUCUUGUGCAAGCUCUUCCUUGGAAAGAUGGCACCAUGGCUCUGUCACAGUCUGCUCAAGGAUCUGUCACAGGGGAGAUGGAGGAUAGAGAGUGUUCAGCUAUAUUUAUAAGCAGGUGCUCACAAACUGACCUCUUCAAUAUCCCUUCAAAUCGACAAGAGAGGGCACCUGUGGGUGCAACGUUGGAUGAGGAGGAAGGAAGAAAGUGUGAGAAUGUCCCCCUGCUAUCUUCUUAUAUCUUUCAGAAUGUUCAAAACAUGCCAACUCCCCAUCCUAACCACUCUGAUUGCCUUGCGAGUGAUUAUGGGCUUAUGAUGCCAACUGCAAUGCAGAAAACAGAAGAAGAUGAAUUUCAUGAGAUGGAGGAGGGCGUUAUUUGUAUUGACUGGGACCCCCAGACCAGGACACUUGUGCUGCCAGAUGUGGAAUUCACCAAGGAGGAAGAGCUGGGUGGACUCAUGCCUUUAAACAGAGAGGAAGAGCUCAGGAUGCUAAGAAAUGAUGAGGAGCUAUAUAUGACAAGGGGUCAUCUGAAACUAGAAAGUGUGUUCGUCAGACAAACGUCCGAAGAAAAUGCAGAAGCACAGAAACAGCUGCAGAGAGCUGAGACGAGGUUGGAGGCGUAUGACGUUUUAACCAAAUGGGACUUGGUCAUCUCCAUGGAUCAGUAGAUGGUUUCAAUUAAUACACACUCCCUGUUUCUGGAAUCUGACCAGCUUUUUAUUACACAUGACUCAUCAUGUGACGUAGCCACUGUUAAAGGAGUGCUGUACUUUUAUUUGAGUAAAGGUUGGAUUCUAGCUGCUGGUGUUCGUUAAUGUUUCCUGAUUUACAAACCUCUGCAAUCAGUGAAACUUCAUUUUGUGAGGAAAUCACAAUAUAAUCGACUCUGAAUAAAAUGUGUUCCCCUUAGUUUUCAGAAGAAUAUUGUUUUCAGCAUUCAUUUCUUAUGACUUUUCUUAUUAAUUUUGUAUUUUAUUAUUGUGUUUAUAUAUGUAUGUAUAUGUGUGUGUAUAUAUAUAUAUAUAUAUAUAUAUAUAUAUAUAUAUAUAUAUAUAUAUAUAUAUAUAAUUACAAAGCAAGUUUUGUUUAUCAAAUGUAACAAUGAAGGAAUCAACGAUGUGCUUCUGUGAAAUAUGUACCCUUUUUUUCUUUAUUUGUCGUUCAGUAAAUUAGGACAGAACUGAAAAAUAUUUAAUAAUAAUAAUAAACACGUAUAUAUAGUAACAGAUAAGGAGUUUCUGACAAAGAAUCAAUGCUUUUAACCUUUGUGCAUUCAACAGUGUCAUGAACAAUGAAACUCAAUUGUUGGUUUGUGAUUUCUGUAUUUACACAACUGAUGCUGAUGAUAUGUUUGUUGUUGUGUAAGCUGUGUAGUUGUAUUCUGGGAAAUAAUCAAUGCUGUUUUUUUUACCCAUGUUUUGCACUUUUAAAUUAUUGUACACCUGAAAUACAUAAAAUAAAUUUGACAUGA